CGGUGCAUGUCCUGAUCUUAUCGGUUUAAAUAAUGUUUCUCUCACUCAGUUGUGAGUACUUGAAAAAGCAGGGACAAUGCUCUCUAUUUAACCUGAAGGCUUGUUAAGUAGCAGGUAUUUUGAUGUUAUUUUUUAGAUAUAAUAAAAAUAUAUGAUAUAAAAAAAAUAUGCAUUAUCGAUGUAGCACAUGAUCAUGCAUGUAAAGAAGUUGAAAAAUGUGUCGUUAGUUCAAUCUCUUUACUCUGACCUUUCAACAACCUGCUCUAACAGACUGUCACAGAUGUGUCCUCUCAAGUAACUGCACCAGCUGAGUUUGUCUUGCUCUGUAUUUUGACAGAUAAACUGUCCCUGGCUUAAAAAAAAGACUUCCAUAAUGUCUGUAGUUUAAUAAAAAACCUUGAUUAAGUGAAAAAAAAAAAUUCAAAAGAAGAAGAAAUUCUUUCAAGAAGCAAAAUGGAUCUGAGAGCUAAGCAUGGUCUAAUGCUGUUGGAACAGUUGAAUCGAAUGCGUGAAGCCGAGCAGUUGACAGAUGUGGUACUAAUUGCCGAAGGCAUCAGCUUCCCAUGUCACCGGUCAGUUCUUGCUGCCUUUAGCCCUUAUUUCAGGGUCAUGUUUACCUGUGGCCUGCGUGAGAGUGCAAACCGCCAAGUGGUACUAAGAGACAUGCCAGCGCAAAGCUUAUCCCUCUUACUGGAAUACAUGUACAGCUCCAAGCUUCCACUUUCCCCUGACAAUGUGCAGGGUAUCUCAGUCGCCGCAUUUCUACUACAAAUGGAUGAUGUCUUUAGCCGCUGCCAGAUCUAUAUGACUGACAAUAUGGAUGCCUCCAACUGCCUGGGAAUCUAUUACUAUGCUAGGGAUUUGGGGGCUGAAGAUUUAGCAGACCAGGCUCAGCGUUACCUCCGCCAGCACUUCACAGAGGUGUGUCUAAACGAUGAAGUCCUGGAUUUGGAGGCCCAUCAACUUGGAGCGUUGCUAGCUUCAGAUGACCUUAACAUCAGCCGAGAAGAAACCAUUCUCGACUUAGUGCUGAGAUGGGUCAAACAUUGCUCAGUCGGUGUGAGUCUGUGGGAAGAAAAUCGUGCCAGUCAGCUACCGGAACUCCUACAGAAGGUUCGUCUUCCAUUGGUGAGUGUCAGCUACCUGAAGGAGACACUGCGUCGCAACACAGCGUUACUGGCUGAUGCAGAAUGUUUACAGAUGAUGGAAGAUGCAAUUGAAGCAGCAGGACUGCAUCCAGAGGCUCCAGCCCGAAGACUGAAGUUACGCUAUGGCAUGGAAACGACCGAUCUACUGCUUUGCAUUGGCAAUGAUAACGGAGGAAUACGAUCGCGCUACGGGAGCUAUUCAGAUCGCAGUUUCUGCUACGCUCCUUCCACUGGCCGCACAUUGUUCAUCACUUCCCCGCGAUACGGUGACGCCCUUGGAUAUGUAUGCGCAGGCGUCGUCACCGAACGCAAUGCUAUUAUUGUUGCUGGAGAAUUAGGGCCACGAAGGUUGGCAAGACAAAAGGAGAAGAAUGUGGAGAUUUUCAAAUAUAAUGAGGAAGCUCAGGGUAGUUGGAAGCACCUGAGUUCCACAGAAUACCGUGACUCAUAUGCCCUGAGUUCCCUGGGUGAGAACCUGUACCUAAUAGGGGGUCAGAUGAUGCUGAAGAAUCAGUACCUCAUCACCAACAGUGUUGCACGCUGGUCUUUACAGGGCGGCCCAUGGCGCAGUGCUGCUCCUUUACCAAUGCCCUUGGCCUAUCACAGUGUAGUCCGGAUGAAAAACUGCCUUUAUGUGCUUGGGGGAAGGACACCACAGACAUAUCAUACCGAUGAUGAGCCUGACCGUAUGAGCAACCGCUUGCUUGUGUACAACCCAGAGGACAACAAGUGGAACGAGCUUUGUCCUAUGAAAUAUUCCAAAUAUCGCUGCAGUGCAGUGGCACUCAAUGGGGAGAUAUAUGUUGUAGGUGGUAUUGGAUGUGAGGGUGUAGAUCGCGGACAGUCGCGCCGCUGUCUUGAUGCAGUGGAAAUCUACAAUGCUGAUGGGGGUUUCUGGAGGGAUGGCCCUCCUUUACCGUGGCCGCUUUUAUCACUGCGAAGCAAUGCACCAAAUGCUGGUGUAGUGGAUGGAAAACUAUAUGUUUGUGGAUACUAUAAAGGAGCAGACCGCCAUGACAUCAUCACCAAAGAUAUACUGCAGUUGGAUCCAUGGGAGAAUGAGUGGACUGUGGUGGUUAAACAGGCUGUGAUGCACGACAGUUAUGAUGUGUGUAUGGUGGCGAACCUUAACCCGCGAGGACUCAUGCCCCCUCCAUCAGACUUGGUGGAUGAAUAACAAAAAAUAUUAAUGUAAGAGAAAAGCAAAUGCAGAGAUACAUUUAAGAAUUUGCACAUUUGAGUGUUUUCACAAAAUUGAGUUUUCCACAGCUGUACAUAGAGAUUGUGUUUUAUUCAUGUAAGGCUGAAGUGAAAGGUGAACAUGCUGGUACAAAUUAGUGCUGAUUUAUCUUUCUUAGACUAAUGGACUAUUUUGAACUGCAUUUGCAAACAGAUAGUAGCCAUUAAACGUUUUAUUUUUAGGAACACAACUGUUUUAUGACAUGUGGAUGUAAAAGAUGACAAAUAAGCUGACAACAUUUACUUCUGUGUCAAGCAACUAAAGAUAAAAUGGCAUUUUUAAUAAUUAGCAUGCUCAAGUAAUAAGUUCUUUGGUUGCAGUAAAUAUAAUAAUGCUCUAUAAAUGAAUUCUUCAGUUGUAUUAGAGAUGCUUUCUUCACAACAU